UUGCUGUGCUGUUUUAGGUCUGUCUACUUGGAUGAUCAGUUUGAAUAGCAGUUUAACUCACCCUUGAUAAGACACUUCUGACAUGGAAGUUGCAUGGCCUGAAUCUGGUUGAGGCACUGCCUCCCAGUUGACACCAGCCUCUUGGAUAUACCACUUGUUUUCUUUUCCCUGUGUGGUUCAUUCCAUAACAUCCAACCAUGGAGUAUCAAAUGCAGCAGCCCUCUAAACAUGUUCAUGGAUCAUAUGCUGGCAGUGGUGGAGGAGACAUGAACAAGGAUGGGACCCUUCUUUGGCAACAGGGGAAUUAUUUAGGGGGAGAUUCAGGGAUACAUUCUGAAGCUGUGACUCAGGCACCUUCCCUCUCAGGGAAAGAUGAUGACAUGGACACAACCAUGUUUGAUAUGGACACUGGGUUUCCACCAUCAGGAUUUACUGCACAGCAAGUGGAUGAGAUGAAUGCUCAGCUGAAUCAGACACGUUCUCAGCGUGUUCGAGCUGCGAUGUUCCCAGAAACAAUGGAAGAAGGCAUUGAGAUCCCUUCCACUCAGUUUGAUCCCAAUCAGCCAACUGCAGUGCAACGCUUAGCUGAACCUUCACAGAUGCUGAAGCAUGCUGUAGUGAAUCUGAUCAACUAUCAGGAUGAUGCUGAGCUGGCUACCAGAGCUAUUCCUGAGUUGAUCAAGUUACUAAAUGAUGAGGAUCAGGUUGUUGUUUCACAAGCUGCCAUGGUUGGUCUUCUUGCCAUUUUCAAAUCCGGAGGCAUUCCUGCACUUGUAAAACUGCUAAGCUCACCUGUGGAGAGUGUUUUAUUUUAUGCAAUCACCACACUACACAAUCUCCUGCUUCAUCAAGAAGGAUCCAAAGUUGCAGUUCGUCUUGCUGGUGGGCUGCAGAAAAUGGUAGCCCUGCUUCAACGGAACAAUGUCAAAUUCUUGGCAAUUGUCACAGAUUGUCUUCAGAUCUUGGCAUAUGGGAAUCAAGAGAGCAAGCUUAUUAUAUUGGCAUCACAGGGCCCUGUGGAAUUGGUCCGCAUCAUGAGGUCAUAUACCUAUGAAAAACUUUUGUGGACUACUUCCAGAGUACUCAAAGUGCUGUCAGUGUGUUCCAGCAACAAACCAGCAAUUGUUGAAGCAGGUGGUAUGCAGGCAUUAGCCGUCCACCUGAGUUCUCCAAGCCAAAGGCUCGUCCAAAACUGUUUGUGGACUCUCCGCAACUUAUCAGAUGCAGGAACCAAAGUUGAUGCCAUGGAUCAACUUCUGGGUGGCCUUGUGCAGCUCCUUGGAUCUCCAGAUAUCAAUGUGGUUACAUGCUCAGCAGGGAUCUUGUCCAACCUGACAUGCAACAAUCAGAGGAACAAGGUCACUGUUUGCCAGGUUGGAGGCAUUGAAGCUCUUGUUCGAACCAUCAUAAAUGCAGGCGACCGGGAAGAGAUCACAGAACCUGCUGUGUGUGCCCUCCGCCACUUGACAGGCCGCCACCCACAUUCAGAAAUGGCUCAGAACACAGUUCGUCUCCAUUAUGGGCUUCCAGUAAUAGUGAAGCUGUUGAAUCCACCAUCAAGAUGGCCAUUGAUCAAGGCUCUUAUUGGUCUGAUUCGGAACUUAGCAUUAUGUCCAGCUAAUCAUGCUCCCCUCCGGGAGAAUGGUGCCAUUCCUAGACUGGUACAGCUCCUUGUGAAGUCCUUCCAAGACACCCAGAGGCGAGCAUCAGUGGCAAGCAGUGCAAGUUCUCAGCCAAGUGUGUAUGCAGAUGGUGUUCGUAUGGAGGAGAUCACUGAAGGGACAGUUGGAGCUCUACACAUUUUAGCAAGAGACCCUCACAACCGAGCUAUCAUUCGGGCAACAUAUGCAGCUGCAAUCCUAUUUAGGAUGAGUGAAGAUAAGCCACAAGACUACAAGAAACGGCUAUCUCAGGAGCUUACCAACUCAUUCCUGUUUCGUGAAGACCCAGGAAUGUGGACAGGAUCUGAAUUGGGAAUGCCAGGAGAUUUGCAAGAUAUGAUUAGAGCUGCAGAUCAAGGCUAUGAUGGUCUCUACAGUGGAGGACCACCAAGUGUUCAUAGUGGCCAUACUGCCCCAACUCCUCGACCUUAUCUGAAUGCUACCCAAGGCUUGGAUGCCAUGGAUCAUCAUCACAUGGGAGGUUUAGAUCAUUACGGAGGGAUGGACCCAAUGGACUUCCCGCAAGGAGACAUGCCUAUGCCUCCACAGCCUCCCCAAGACAAUAACCAGGUUGCAGCCUGGUAUGACACUGAUCUCUAAUGCCCACACCUAUCAUUUUUCUCUUUCUCUGUCAUCUUUUUCUGAGCAUUCCUAUCAAGGUUCAGAGCCAUUGAGACUUUAAUCGGACGCUUGAAUUUGUUUUCUUGUACAUAUUCAUGCUGCAUGGGUGACCAAUGUAAGAUGUCUUUGUCAUUUUUCAGCUUGACCUCUUCUCCACUAACCUGCCACAGACAUUUUCCAAAUUUUUAUUUCCCCCAUGCAUUGAUCUAUUUUCAGUAUUUUAUUCCCUCAUGCAUUGAAUGGAAAGAAUCAAGGAAGAAGCCUCAUCAUUUUGUACAUGAUUCUGAUUUGAUUAGCAUUCUUUAAUGUUUGUCAUUUAUGUUCACUCUGACUUUCCAUUUCUUUGAUCAUUUGGGCAUGUUUGUGAGAAACUGUUGCACAUAUCAAAAGAAUAAAUUACCU